AUGGCCUCCACGGCAGAUACACCUGUUGCACGCCGCCUGCAGCAUGUCAAGCACAUCAUCAUUGUCUGCUCUGGGAAGGGCGGAGUCGGCAAAUCCUCUAUUUCAGCACAACUUGCUCUCUCCCUCCGAAGCUCUUCGCCAACCGCUAAGAUUGGCAUCCUGGACGUGGAUUUAACUGGGCCUUCGAUACCGCGCAUGCUGGGCUUGGAUGGACAUCCCGUGCACCAGAGUAGCGAUGGGUGGGUCCCUGUGUACGCCGAUGGGUCUGAGGCACGCCUCGCAUGCAUGAGCGUUGGCUUCUUGCUCAAGAAGAAAGAAGACUCGGUCGUCUGGCGAGGGCCCAAGAAGAAUGCCAUGAUCAGGCAGUUUCUGAGCGACGUGCGUUGGGGAGAGCUGGAUUACCUGGUCAUAGAUACACCUCCAGGCACCUCGGACGAGCACAUUUCGUUAAUGGAACAUAUGGCCCCUGUGGCCUCGCACCUGUCCGCAGUCAUUGUGACGACACCCCAGGCGGUUGCGCUGCUUGACGCCAUGAAAUGCCUCUCCUUCACUCGCGCGGUCUCGCUCCCAGUUCUCGGCCUGAUCGAGAAUAUGAGUGGGUACGUCUGUCCGUGCUGUGGGGAGAUCAGCAACAUCUUUUCCACGGGCGGGGGGCAGGAGAUGGCGCGGCGAGAAGGGCUCAAGUUUCUCGGUAGCCUCCCGGUCGACUCGGAUCUGGUGACGCUCCUCGAUGCCGCGGAGAUUUCGUUCGAAUUGCUACGGCAGUACCAGCAGACGUCAACAGCGCCCCUGUUUGCUAAGAUUGCGGAGGAGAUUGUACGGACGCUGAGCGACAAGGAGACAUAG